UUAUGAUUUUUGAGGUUCUUUCAUGUCUUAUAUGCAAGAUUUUGGACGCUGUUUGUGUCUGGUUUUUGCUUAUAGUCCCUCAGUGAAUUUUGUCUCCCACGCGUGGAUCUUUGUUGGGAGAUUAUGUUUUGGUUCAAGAAAUAAGAAUCUUGGAAGCAAUGGUUGCUCAUAUGCACUAUUACCGGAUCAUUUCAUUAUGGAGAGUUGUGGUCCCGGCUGAUGAUGAUUUCUGGAAUUAUCUGCUUUAGAUAGGUUUUGAUUUAAGUGGUUCGUCCAUGUCUUAAAUAUCAAGAAAUUGGACGAUGUUGUGUCUGGUUUUCACUUAUAGUCCCUCAGUGAAAUUGUGCAUGCAGACAGUAUGGUUGGAAUUUUAGGGUUUCUGUUUCUAGAUUGUAAACUUUUUCUCGUGGCACUGAAUUGAUGAAACAAUUCUGGAGUCGGAUGAUAUUGGGAUUUUGGUGCACUUGCUCAUGUUUGAGUUCCUUCAACUUUACAUAGCGGAAGCAGCAGGCUUUAUGGUUUGAGUUUCACCAACUUGGUUCAGUUUUUGAUUGUUCUGUUAUUCUGUUUUGGUUUAGUAUUAUACGAUGGCAGUCAAGGCAGCAACUAGAGUCUCAACCUGUGAUGGAUUUGGAGGACUGCCUGUGAAAACCCAAGUCUGCACCUACUGGCUUGCAGGGAGAUGCAAUAGGAAUCCAUGUAGGUUCAUGCACAGAGAAUCGCCACCUCCACAAUCUCGUGAGAUCCAGUUGGCACCAGCGAAGGACGUUCGUGGAAUGCAAUCCAGAAAGAUGACCUGGAGGAGUCCUAAAUAUAAGAACCCCGAGACUGCCACCCUUUCAAGUUAUAAAGGAGGCAUGCACACCAGUAGAAGUGGUCAGAGCAGCCAUCAGAACGUCUUGGCAAAUACUGGAAAUGAGAAUGUUCACAUGGAUAUAGAAAUGACCAUCGCUUCCUCGAGCACUCAUGGUGAUAUACAGGCCCAGCCAGAGGUUUUGAAAGCUGUAAGAAGUGAACCUGAAAAUUUUAGCUCUCAAAAAGCUAAGCCAAAGCAAUGCAAGUACUGGGUCACAGGAAAUUGUGUCCAUGGAGACAAGUGCAAGGAUCUGCACUCUUGGUUCUCUGGUUCUGGAUUCACAUUGUUGAAAAAGUUAGAAGGGCAUACCAAGGCUGUUACUGGGAUUUCGCUCCCAUCUGGCUCCAACAGGCUAUAUUCAUGUAGCAAGGAUAAAACCAUUCGAGCUUGGGACUGCCACACUGGUCAGUGUGCUGGUUCUGUAAUUACCGAUGGUGAAGCAGGGUGUUUAAUCAGCGAAGGCUCGUGGUUAUUGGUUGGACUGCAAACUGCUUUGAAGGCAUGGAACCUCCAACAUCAUGCUGAGUUUGGUUUCGGUCUACUUGCUGGGUUAGUUUGUAGCAUGGUCCUGGAUGAUGAUAAGUUGUUUGCUGGAAUGGAGGAUGGUAGCAUACUGGUAUGGAAAUUGAAUCUGGAGGCUCUUACCCUGGAGGCUGCUGAAAUGCUGAAGGGGCACCAAGGCGCCGUGACAUCACUUAUUGUAGGGUCUGACAAUAGGCUCUAUUCAGGAUCAAGAGACUGUACCAUAAGGGUGUGGGACCGGAAAAAUCUGCAUUGUUUGCAUACACUAAAUCGGCACACAAGAGCUGUAACGGCCAUCAUUUGCUGGGAUAACUAUUUGCUAUCUGCUUCUCUGGACAACACACUGAAGAUUUGGGCUGCAACUGAAAGCGGGACCAUAGACGUGAUUCAUGAGAUCAAAGAAGAUUGUGGUUUUAUUGCUCUUUGUGGCAUACAUGAUGCUGAGGCCAAGCCUAUUCUGCUCUGCUCAUGUAACGACAACACUGUCCGCCUCUAUGACUUGCCCUCGUUUACCGAAAGGGGCAGAAUAUUUUCCAAGCUGGAAGUUGAAGUGAUAGAAAUUGGCAGCGACGGACUAUUUUUUACGGGUGACGGCACUGGGGAGAUCUCCGUCUGGAAAUUGCAUGGAGUUCCAUGUGAAGAAACUGCGUUGUAACUCUACUUGAUGAAGAAAGAGAGAAUGCUGUUGAUAUGUUUUUCAGGCAAUCUCGUCAUUUAGAUUGUUGAUAACAGUCUCCAGAACACCAGCGAUGUAAAAAGGCCACAAUUUUGUAUAUGCACUUGCGUUCAAUUAUUCAUAUAUUCUUCUU